GCCCGCAUGCACGACGUGGUCGACCGGCUCUCCUUCCGCAUCCGGGACACCGAGGACCUCUUCCAAUUCUGCCCUGGCGCCGCGCAGUCCGGCAGCGGCACCAUCUGGGGCCUGAUCUGCGAGAGCGGGUCGGUGGUGGCUGGCGUGCUGAUACGGCGGCUGCUCGUGGAGCGCCUCGGAGAGGAGUUCGAGCUCCUGGAGCGGCACCGGGACGCUGUGAUGCUCGCCCUGGACGAGCACCCGGAGAACAUCGGCCUCCUGGAGGCGUUGUGCCGCUGCCCGAGCGCCCGGGCGGAGUACGCCGAACGCCCGCGCGGUCUCGUCCACAUGGCGGGCGUGCUGGAGCGGCUGCGAGACCUCGUGCUGCGGGCGCCCCCGGCGAGGGUCGGGGCCGACUGCGGCUGCGUCGGGGCGGCCAGCGCGCUGCGCGGCGCCCGCGACAGCGACGCCUUCUUCGCCGAGGCGGACCUGCUGGCCGCGGCGCUGGAGCUGCUGCUGUCGGAGGAGUGCCGGGCGCUGCCGGCCGCGUGCGCGGCCGCUGGGGGCCAGGCCGCGGCUUCGCUGCGGCGGACGUGCAUACUGGUCGCCGACAUCAGCGGCCUGCUCGACGCGCACACCCGCGUCCUCGCGAGGAUCUUCGCCUUCCUGAGCAGCGCCGCCCCGCUUGCGUUCGGGCCAGCCCACCGCCCCGGCGAGACCGACCAGGCCCUCUUCACUCACAUGCUGUGCACGUCCGCGUGCUGCCACUUCGUGGAAGACGUGCUGAGGUCGUGCGGCAAGAGCCGCAUGCACGACGCGGACGAUGUCCAGGCGGUGCGCGUGGAGCUCCUAGGGCAGGGGCGCAUCGAGUCGGGGAGGAGCAGCACUUUGACGGGCAGGGUGUUGGACACGCGCUUGAUGCUCUGCAGUGCCCUCAUGAUGUGCUCCCACCUCGUGGAGAUGUUCAACAGAAACGUCGGGGAGCCGGUGCGCUUCGCCCAUCAGGCCGCAGAGGGCUUCAGGGAGCGCUUGUUGCCCAGGCUGCGCACAGCCUCUGCCGCGCCCCUGGCGGGCCGCUGGCCCGACCUGCGGCGCGCGCUCGCUGCGCUGGCCUCGGCCGCGGAGCGCCCGACGGCGCCGGAGGCGGUGGUCUCUGGCCGCGCCGCACUCCGCGUCUGGGCGCUGGCGUUCCUCGAGGCUGGCACGCGGUUGCCAGCGGGUCGCGCAGAGUUGCUGCUGGACCCGUUCGGCACCGCCGCUCCGAGCGGGACCGCCGUCGCGGCCGCUGCCGAGGCGGGCGCGGAGGCGCCGACCGGCGGCUCGCAGCCGCCCGGCGGCCCGCCGCUGCGGCCCUCGUCGCCGGAGCUGCCUCCGCUGGGCCGCGCCGUAGCCAGCGCCCGGGCGCGCGGGCCGCAGGAGUGCGCCGCGGCCGCGCGGGCGGCGCCGUUGGGGGACGUGCCGCGCAGGCAGGGCAUGCGGUUCGAGGCCUUCGCCGAGGAGCACUCCCUGCAGCGCGGCAGCGGGGAGGCUCCCCGAGAAGCAGCGCCAGCGGCCCAGGGGCGCGUCGACUUGCUGCCGAAGCCGCUGCCUGUGAGCGCCAGCCGCAGGGCCGCGCCGGCGAGAGCGCGCAGGCCCAGCAGGUGCUGCAGCAGGCGCGAGAGGACCUCGACAACGCAAAGCAGGAGGCUGCCAACCGCAUCGGCUCCAGCGUACCACCGGCAGGCUCGGCCACCCAUGCAGAGCUAUGGGACCAGGUCGCCAAGUUGGCCCAGCUGGAGAUGUGCCAGCUGGAGCAGGGGUGCUUGACCCCUAUCGCGAAGGCGGGCAAGGAGACCAUGGAGAAGGUCGAGGCGAUGCGGCAUCGGGCAGGUCCCAGCCCAGAUGACGAGGACACCAGCAAGCGCAUCAGAGACAUCAUGGCCCAGUGGAACGACAACACGCCCGAGGAUAUUCGAGUCAAUACGAUGGCGGGCUUCUUCCAGACAGAGGCCGCAAAGCGGCCACGGCAGAACAUGCGAAGGAUGCAGGAGCGGCGCCCCAGCGACGGCCUAUGCGACACCCACGAGCCCAGGUGUCAGGUGGGCACCGCAGGCACGCAUCUCCAGGGCCCCAUGGCCAUAGACGCGCGGGUGGCCGUUGCCCACGGGACCGGGGACCUGCACCGCGGGGCCCUCGACGGAGGCGCGCGUCUCCAGGGCGCCAUGGCCGCAGACGCGCGGGCGGCCGCUGCCCAUGAGUCUGCAGACCUGCACCGCGGGGCCCUCGACGGAGGGGCGGCCGACGCCCCCGCGCUGGCCACCAGCUGGAAUGACAAAGGCAUGGACUACCUCAAGCACGUAGACAGCGCCCUGGGGCCAAACGCGGGAACUAUAGGCAGCAUGGCAUCUUUUCUGAAGGCCAAAGGCCUGCCGGUCAUAGUCAUGGCCGGCUGGAAGGUGGAAGAAGGGGAGAUGGGGGGCCUCCAGCUCACCACCUUCCUGCGCGUAGUCUGGUGCAAACCCGUAGCGGAGCAGCCUGGAGGGCACCGCGCGAUGAAUGAUUGCCUAGUGUCCGAGCAGCUCGCAGGCACCAUCACGCUUCAGUGGGAUAUGAGGGGGCCGUGGGCAGCACCUCACUUCGGCAUAGUAGGAUGCAGCCAGAGCGUGGACAUGUCCAGGCUGGCGUUGCGGCAAAUGCUAGCAGAACUGCACGCUCAGUACAUCCCAGUACAAUUCCAGAGCUGGGUAGACGAUGUGACACAAGCGACCAUAGGUACUGAACGAGAGGUCAUCGAAAAGACAACGAUGGCGGCGACAGCGUUCGCCAACCAGAGCAGGGAGCAAGGCCUCCGCACAUCGGUCAAGAGUACGCCAGUCCCCAACCCACCUCGCAUAGCCAGGCUGCUGGAGGUCGGGGUCACAUUUAAGGCCAGUCAGUUCGUCAAGUACCUUGGAGCGGACGGCACGGCACAUCGUAGGGUCACGGUCAGUGGCAAAAAGCGCCAGCAGGCCAUUGCCGUCCGAGGCGAGAUGAUCAAGCGAGUAGCCAAGACAGCCGGGAACGCCAUCAGCCUGGCCAAAACCGGGCACAUUCCGCAGGCGAUUGAGAUAGCUUGGAAGAAAGCCUGGACGCCGCAGCAGACAGCAAACAGCAAAUGGAGCCAAUGGAGCCGCGUCAAAGGCACGCUCACAGCCACCGUCGCCGCGCUGCAAGAUCUAGGAUUAUCCGCACAGUCCCCCUGGCUUCGGCGGAACCAAUACGGGGAAGAGAUAGACCUGGAUAAGGAUGAACCCGAGCGCGUGCUCGAAUACGAAUGCUACGGUGCACUGGACCAACAGGCCUGGCUUGCAGUGGCCAAGCAUUACGAAGGCAAAGGGCUGGAGUUCGGCGCCAGUCGCAGAUUCGGUGACGAGGCGGCGAGGCCCCGCACGCCCCCGCCCGGCGCCACGGCCUUCGGGGUCGCCGAGCACUCCGGCCUCGUCGGCCUCGCCGCGCGCCUGGUGCGCAGGUGCGCCGGUGCCCCGAGCCCGGAGGCCCGGCUCGCGACGGACCGUGCGCGCCUGCCGCUGCACGGUCGGCCCCAGAUUGGGAGGUCCGAGGCCGCGAGCCCAGAGCUCGCUCUCUCGCGCGCUGAGCCGAGGCAAGACUUCGGGGCCUUCAGCGCCCAGCGGGCGCCGAGGGCACUGCCAAGAGUGCACCUCGGCGGCUCCCGGCGGCCAGCGCAGCAGAGACCACCUCUCUUCGAGGGCACAAUGGCGGCCGGGCUGCGGGCGCUCGUGCUCGUGCUGGUGCCCACGGCCUCGCGCGCCGAGGCCAAGGGCAGCGCCGAGGCUCCCGCGGGCGCCGCGCCCGCGUGCACGGAGGCGCCGGCGAACAGCUGCGGCGGUCCGCCGGACACGAUGUGCUUCUCCGACCCGACGUGCCUGGCCUUUGCGGGCCCAGGGUGCAACGCGGGCGGCGGGUCGCAGAUCUGCCGCUACUGCGGCGUGGGCGGCGGAACCCCAAGUGCCCCGCCGCGGUAUACGGAGAGUCUGGCAGGAAGGGCUCGAGCGCGCCUUCUCGACCGGAGGCCUCCCGGCCCGACGCCGCCGGCGGCCACUCCGAGACGACGACAGCUCCAGGGAGGAGGCUCUCGCUGA